UCCACAUAUCAGCUCAUUAAUUCUUUCUUAUAAGUCAAGAAAUACGCAGCUAGCUUAAUUUGUUGCCCGAACUUCCAGUACGUACUACCAAAUACACAGAAGCAAAAAGAUCAAUGGCAGGUUUCAACAGCCAAAGAUGGUCUCUGAAGGGUAUGACCGCACUCGUCACUGGUGGAACUAAAGGCAUUGGAUAUGCCAUCGUGGAAGAGCUGGCCGGACUAGGGGCUACAGUGCAUACCUGCGCUCGUAAUCAAGAACAGAUUGACGAGAGGGUUCGAGAAUGGAAGAGCAAGGGUUUUAAAGUGAGUGGCUCAGUGAGUGACCUCACAUCUAAAUCUCAAAGAGAGGAGCUCAUGAGAACUGUUUCCUCUAAUUUUGACGGCGAACUUAACAUCCUUGUAAAUAAUGCAGCAACAGUCACUCUAAGAAAUACUACAGAAUAUGAUCUGGAAGAUUUGUCAAGUAUGAUGAGCACAAAUGUUGAAUCCCCCUACCAUCUUUGUCAACUUGCAUAUCCCCUCCUCAAGGCCUCCGGAAAUGGAAGUAUUGUAUUCGUCGCCUCCAUUGCUGGUUUAAAAGCUCUACCUAGACUAUCUGCCUAUGCAGCAACGAAAAGUGCCGUCAUCCAGAUUUCAAAGAACUUGGCGUGUGAAUGGGCUAAAGACGGCAUUCGAACAAACGCUGUAGCACCUUGGGCUGUUAACACCGGAGUUGAAGUUGAAAACGAUGACCACUCUGACGACUUCAGACGGCUUAUAAGUCGAACUCCUAUCCGUCGCGUGGCGGAACCUAAUGAAAUCUCAUCACUGGUCACUUUUCUCUGCCUUCCUGCUGCUUCUUACAUCAAUGGACAAGUUGUUAGUGUUGAUGGAGGAUUUACCGUCAGCGGUUUUUAGGAAACUCGAUGUAGGAUUGCCAAUUAGUCAAUCCCUACAUUUUCUAUAUAUAACAGUACUCCAUACAUUCUUUAUUCUUUUUUGGUGAAAUCACCAGCUUCACAAUCAGUAAAUUGUGGUGCAGUUGUUAACAAUAAAAUGUCGAAGGUCUUUGUGUAUAUUUUAUACUACUUCGUAAAAAAAUUGUAAAUACACCUCAGUUGAAUAUGCAUACGUACAGAAUUGUUCAGAUCUUCCAAAUGUGAAUAGUUUGUCAUAUGGCUCAACAUCUAUCAGACAACGUAUAUAUUGCAUUCCAAUUACACAAUAAGAGGAUCUCUCCAGAAAAAUGAUAUCAAACCGUUCCGCAUGUAAGGAUUAUAGUGAUGGUCAAGAUGGUCAAGGUUCACUAGUCUUACGAGUAAGCAAGGCAACAGCUGUGGCUACUAAGGCUGACACGUGUGAUGAUAAGACUGGUUAUCAAGAAUUAAUUACUAUAACUAAUUAGCUGAGUUUGUUAGAGU